AUGAGCUGCGACCGGCGACGUUAUGACGAUUUCAAUCUCCGGAAUCCCUACAUCGGCAUCUAUGGUGGUCACCGGAACUCUUUUCAUCCAAGCCGGCGCCCUCCUCUCAUUUCAUCUAGAAGGGAGAGCUCUUCUUUUUACUUCAGGGACAGAACUCAUCACAGAAAGACCACUAUCCAUAGGAAAUGGCGGAGAAGCUGGCCAUUCAGAUCCCCACAAUCGCGAGCCUGGGCCGAUUCUUAUGUGUUCAGCAGAUCUCGCCUUGCCCAGCACGAAAUCAAACACCAAUCCCUCGGCACAGAACCAAGCAAGAACUCUAGCUUCACCUUCAAAACCCAAAACAAGGAUUUCUGUCAAUAGAUCUUGGGCACUUUUCUCCUUUGCUGCUAACCGCACCAUUGAACUCUCUUCUGGCUCAAAUCCUAGAGGGGAAUUCAUUAAAAUUCAGGAGAAGAGAAGGGAAGGGAAGAGAUUCAUAUUACUCCCAUCUGGUCCUAGAAAUGAUGAUGUAAAUUUAUUCUUCAAGGCACUGUCUUUCUUCGUUGAGAAGGUCACCAACGCUACAACAUCUACAACGUCUUCCUUGAGAAGGUCAACGACUCCUUUUACAGCUCCUCAGGUUUCUGAUCCACCUAUGAAACUGUUGUGUGAUACUCCCUCUGUUCACCCCCCACCAAUCCACUCUCAAUCCACAGCUGUGGAAACAGAAACACCAGGAUUACAAUCUCAGACUGGAGAGGGGGACCUUAGCGAGGAGAACCCAAGCUUAGGCCGUGUGGAAGACCGUGGUCUGGAUCUUGAAGCCUCAGGGAACAACCCUCUGAAUCCAGGAUUUAACUCCAACCCUCUGAAGUCAUCAGGGAUGAUGAUAAUCCUAAAGAGGCUGAUAUUCAUCACAAGGCAGACAUGGGCAAGCAGAUUGAGCCUUUUCAGGGCUUACAGCCUUAUACAAUCCUCUACCCUCCUUUGCAAAGAUCAAGUCUCUCCCCUUUGGCCACCGAAUUCAUUCCCACCAUGCCCAAUUCCUUUGCUGUGCUAUUCAACCCGGGACAUGCUUCUGAAACCUCCCUAGAUCCUAUCCCAUUAGAAGAUCCAUUGGUAAAUUUAUAUGAAAGGAAUAUGGCACUCUACAACAAUGCCAUUGAGGAUUUGCCGCAUGAAAGAGAUGAGCCUCUACUUUACACACACUCGGAUGGAGAAGACAAAGUCUUUAUAGAUUAUAAACUUAAACCCCUCCAAAUUGACACUUCUACGUGCUCUAAGACUCCAUUAUUGCUGGGAAGGGUGUUUAAAGGUCGGAAAACCUACUCUCCUUCUCAAGUGGUCACAAGAAGUAAGGCGAGACUUCUUGCUGAAGGUCGAAAAAAGUCUCCUUUGGGCUGGUUUGAGGACCCAGAUGAACCAGCAAAUACCUUCGCAAAUGAAAUUAUACAAGCUUUCAAACAAAGCUGUCCGGUAAAAAAGGAGGUUACCCCCAAACAACCCCUUACCCGUAGCCAGAAAAAGAAAGCCAAAAAGAAGUUAAAGCUUGAAAAGGUAGUGGAACAAAAUUGGGACGAUUAUGAAGAUGACUAUCUCUAAAACUUAUCUACAGAAGGGUUUAUUUCUUGCUUCUCUCAUUUUGUGAUUAUGCAGAGGUAUGAUUUUAGAGGUAUGAAUCUCAGUGCAGGUAAUUGCUACCUAUGGUGAUUUAAAGUUUGUUUCUUUUGAGGCUUAGUAACAG